AUGGCGCCGCGGCGGCUGCUGCUCUGGCUGCUGGCGGCGCAGCUCUCCAGCGCCGGGGACCCGGAGGGGGACCCGGCCUUGCCGCCGCCGCUGCCGCCGCCCGCCGACGUGCUGCUGGCGGCGGGCGCGGAGUCGUACGGGCGGGGGGACUGGGCCGCCGUCGUCCUGCAGAUGGAGCGGGCGCUGCGGGCUCGCGAGGCGCACCGGGCGCGCCUGGUGGGCUGCCGCCUGCUCUGCGCCCACGCCAACCGCACCGACGGCCCGCCGCCGCCGCCGCCGCAGCCCCACGGCGGCCGGCCGCGGCGCCAGCUCGAGGACCUCCGCUUCUUCCGGCGGCUCCUCGGCCGCGCCGCCUGCCUCCGCCGCUGCCUCCCCGACGGCGCCUCCCGCUACCUGCUGGGGGAAGAGACCGAGCUGGAGUUCCGCAAGCGCAGCCCCUACAACUACCUGCAAGUGGCUUACUUCAAGAUUAACAAGCUGGACAAGGCUGUGGCCGCUGCCCACACCUUCUUUGUGGCCAAUCCUGACCACAUGGAGAUGCGGCAGAACCUGGAGUAUUACCAGAUGAUGGCCGGAGUGAAGGAGUCGGACUUUGUUGACUUAGAAGCCAAGCCGCAUAUGCAAGAAUUCCACCUGGGGGUGAGUUAUUACACCGAAGAGCAACCCCAGGCGGCUGUUCUGCACCUGGAAAAGGCACUGGAAGAGUACUGGAUCGCCGACACGGCCUGCCGAGCCCUCUGCGAAGGGCCAUACGAUUACGAAGGCUACAACUACUUGGAAUACAACGCGGACCUUUACCAGGCUAUUGUUGAUCAUUACCUGCAAGUCUUGAGCUGCAAGCAGGCUUGCGUGACGGAACUCGCUUCGGAGGCCGGCCGGGAGAAGCCCCUGGAGGAUUUCCUCCCAUCCCAUUUCAACUACCUGCAGUUUGCCUACUACAACAGUGGCAACUACGAGAAGGCCAUCGAGUGCGCGAAGACCUAUUUACUGUUCUUCCCCGAUGACGAAGUGAUGAGGCAGAACCUGGCCUAUUACACGGCUGUCCUUGGGGAGCACCUGGCCAGACCCCUGCAGCCCAGAGAGGAUGUCCAGGCCUACCAGCAGCGCAGCCUCCUGGAGAAAGAGCUGCUCUUCUUCGGCUACGAUGUUUUUGGGAUUCCUUUCGUGGACCCGGACACCUGGACCCCAGAGGCGGUGAUUCCCAAGAGACUGCGAGAAAAACAGAAGGUGGAGCGCGAGACGGCAGCCCGCAUCUCGGAAGAGAUCGGCAAUCUCAUGAAGGAGAUCGAGACGUUGGUGGAGGAGAAAACCAAAGAGUCCACCGACAUGAGCAAGCUCGUGCGGGAAGGAGGUCCCUUGGUGUUCGACGGGCUCAGCGUCACCAUGAAUUCGAAGACGCUGAACGGCUCCCAGCGAGUGGUGGUGGACGGAGUCAUCUCCGACGAGGAGUGUAGAGAGCUGCAGAGACUAACCAACGCAGCUGCCUCCGCAGGGGACGGCUAUCGUGGGAAGACCUCCCCACACACGCCCAGCGAGACCUUUUACGGCGUAACCGUCUAUAAAGCCCUUAAGCUGGGACAGGAAGGCAAAGUGCCAAUGCGGGGCGCAUACCUCUAUUACAACGUGACUGAGAGGGUCCGCCGGGUGAUGGAGUCCUACUUCCGCCUGAACGUGCCGCUUCACUUCUCCUAUUCUCACCUGGUGUGCCGCACCGCUAUAGAAGAGAAGCAGGAGGACCGGGUGGAUCCCAGCCACCCGGUGCACGUGGACAACUGCAUCCUUAACGCAGAAGCCCUGGAGUGCGUCAAGGAACCACCAGCGUAUACGUUUCGAGAUUACAGCGCCAUCCUCUAUUUAAAUGGGGAUUUUGAGGGCGGAGCCUUUUACUUCACCGAGCUGGACGCCAGAACAAUAACGGCUGAAGUGCAGCCCCAGUGUGGCCGGGCAGUCGGGUUCUCGUCUGGCUCUGAGAACCCUCAUGGCGUGAAAGCCGUCACCAAGGGCCAGCGCUGUGCCAUCGCCUUGUGGUUCACCCUGGACCCUCGCCACAGCGAACGGGAUCGGGUGCACGCCGAUGACCUAGUGCGCAUGCUCUUCAAUACGGAAGAGGCGGAACUACCUCCAGAGCAGGCGACGGCAACAGAAACCCCUCCGGAAGGCCCGACGGGAGCUCCGCAACCAGACCCCGCUUCUGGGAAAGACGAACUAUAG